AUGUCCAAUUCUCACUCACCCAUUCUCGAUGCGCCCAAGGUAAUCUUGAUUAAACCACCAAUUAAGAACCCUAAUUAUGGCUUAAAUAUUUUUUAUUCCUCUUUCAUUAUUUGUCUUGUAAAGCAAAUACUUCCAGAUUCCAAAAGGCGAAUCCUUCGAUGAGAUUAAUUCAGACGCCGUUGUGAAACCACUAUGUCAGAACUGCGGGUCCUCUUUCUCGAAUCUGAACGAAUUCAUAGGUAAUUAAUAAAAUAAUCGAGUUAAUUAAUUCAUCUCAUUUAAUUUAUAUAAACAUUUUUAGAUCAUAUGAGAUUAACUCAUCUCAAACCGUCCGAAACCGAGAGAAAAUGUCGUUUUUGUGAUCAAAUUUUCUCGGAUAAUCAGGUAAAAUUAUCAAUAAAUCCCAUAAAAAUAUAUUCAGGAACGUCUGAUCCAUCUGAGCGAGCACCUUAUCAAUACAAAGGCCGAGUUCACUUGUCAUAAAUGUGACAAAAAGUUCUUCAAUUCGGUGUCCUUCAAACAACACUUUGCCGUAACCCAUACAGAUGUCAUAUUCAGAUGUCAGCUUUGUCUGAUGACAUUCACCGAUCAGAAUAUAUAUCAAGUAAGACCUUUAAAUGUCUACAGUUGUCUCAGGAUCAUUUGGUCGUCCAUAUGAACACAAUUAUGAUAUUCAAUUGUAAUCUCUGCGGGGUCAAUGUGCAGAGUCAAGAGAUGUUUCUAACGCAUGUUCAGAUGUUUCAUGAAAAAGAUGUCCCCUCCCAAUUAAAUCAAGGAGGUUCGGGAGAGAAGACUAUUGUAGUAAGUAAACCUACCCUACUGAUGAUACGGGAGGCUACAAGGGGAAACUGAAAAAUAUUAUUUUUCUUGCAUGUAAGUUUCGAACUUGGGUUAUCAAUGGUGCUGAUUUUAAAAAUCUUAUUCAUUUUUCUGAUUUGAAAUCAGCACCAGCGAAAAUCCCCAAAUCCAGUACCUGUGACAAAAAGUCGAAAAAGUACUAUUUUACAGUACUACUUAUUAUAAGAAAAAAAGUUACAAUAAAAAAUGGAUAUGAUUUUUGAAAUAAACGCCAUCGAUUGUCCUAAUUACGACACUUACAUGCACGAAAGAUAAUAUUUUUAGUUUCCCCAAUCUCCUUUUUCCCCAAUUGACGAUCCUGACGAUAAUAACAUCAACUUCAGAGGAACCUAAAAUGUUUUGUUUGUGAUCUGAGGUUUGUGGACGAUGUUGAGCUGGAUCACCAUCGUCUUUUUGAUCAUUGUAAAGUCCCCAAGAGUGAUAGGUGUGCUGUCUGCAGAGUCCAAUUAGAGGAUAUCAACGACUUUUUAACACACUCCAAGAAUCAUUCAAAGGAUCCGACGGAGGUUAGCUGCGCCAUUUGCAAGUAAGUGUAAUAUGACGACCCAAGUAAAUGGAUAAUAUAAAAACUAAAAGUAUCCUUUCAGACAAAUGGUUAGAAGCUCGGAAACCUUGAAAAGGCAUGGAGAAUAUCACUUAGAAAAGGUAAAUUAUUUACAUUGUUUGAAAUUAUUUAAAAUUAAUUUAAGGAUCCCGGUCCAUCUCCAGAAAUCGAAAAAGUGGAAGAAACAAGAGAAGGGGUCACAGAAGAGGUGAUCUGCCAUUGCGGACAGAAGUUUGAGGACCCCCAAGAUCUGCAAACACACUCCCUGGAACACCUACAACAAGUCACUUCGGAACAUCUUUUCAAUCUUCGGAAGGAAUUGUAAGUGUUGUUGCAGAGGUAAUCGAAAAUUACAUUCGAUUUUUCUGAUUUGGAGAGAAUAGGUUACCCCACCGGAUAGGUUACCGCACGGAUAGGUUACUCCGGACGUUUAAAAAAAUUUUUAAAAUGUUUUCGCUUCGGAACAGGAGAAAAAGAUUGGGGCUGCCCGAGUUCAGCCCCCCAGGAAAGUUAAUUCAAACCCUCACUGUUUUGUAUCCCUCCAUGGUGUUGGUGUUCACAUUCAGGCCGUCGUGAUCAAUACUAAGCGUGUUAUUUUUAGCAUACCAAACCCCCAACGUUGUACAUCCAACCCCCUACGUUUUAGAUCAAACCCACACAUUUCAGAUUGGAUGAGGGGGUUUGUACUGGGUCAGGGGGUCUGAACUGGACUAGGGUUUGUACUACCUUAGCCCCAAAAGAUUUUUAAAAUUUUAGUUUUCAUGUUGUUAAUUUUACGGAUUUUUUUUCAGUCUGAAUACAAAAGUCUUUUGAAAAUUCCCAUAAAUACCCGAAAAUACCCGGCCUCUCGGGUAUUUGGGUAUAUACCCGGGUAUAUACCCCGUCCGAAACCUAGUAGAGGGUAAUGUUUCCACACAAAUUUUUUUGCGCGAAAUUGGCAAUAAGGUGGUUUUCUCUCUGACCGCACUCCGCGUUUCGCGUACUCUCUCGGCGACAAAGAUCGUUCAAUAUCUCGGCUGCGCCUGCAAAGCGCGAGCUAAAAUUUUCAGGAAAUAAUAAAUAUUUCAUCGGGCGUUUUUACAAGAGACAAUCUAGUUCCUAAAAAUUUUAAAUUCUUACGAACGACUCAACAACCCUAUUAGUUUUACACAAAAAAUCGUUUUUUCCUGUUAUGAAGCGAAAACAUUGCAAAAUUUUAUUCAAUUUUGUACAAUUUUUUUCUAUCUCGAAUAGACAUGGAUGUGGGGCCGGGCCGGCUUUUUCCGGCCCCGGGCCGGGCGGUUAGUAAUUUUUUGUUUUAAAGAUUUUAGAUGGACACUUGAGGCAUUGGGGAUGGGCGUUACGGUAUGUUACAGUAACCUGACAAACGUCGGAUCAACUACAAAGUUGUUCAGCUUUACGGAUAACGUAUUGACACACUCCGGAUUCCACGUUUGUUAGGGUCAAGGCUUCAGGCCCAAGAUUUUGAAUUUAGGCCUGAGGCCCGGUUGGAAAAAAAAUUAUUUUUUUCUUGAAACGAAAAAUUAGGCUCAAAAAAAUAUAUUUUUGCUUUACUCUGUAAAACAAAAGUUAAAAAAUAUCAGAAGAAGGGAAUGCAGUUGUCGAAAUCAGCACCAUCAAUUACCCUAGCCCGCUCCUCACCUUUUUUUGCUGACCUUUUUGACCAGCCGACAUUUUCGUACCCAACACUAAAUAACAUCCGUUUAGAGGCCCUUUUGUUUGCCCUAAAUGCCCGAAAAUUUUCCCAUCAAUGAGUGCGUUACAAGGUAAGUAAACGGGUAAAUAUAACUGUUUAAAAGGACAUUCCCACAUUCAUGUUAAACGGAGACAUCCCUGCGAUAAAUGCAAACAAUGCUUCUCAACAACAGCCAGAUUGAUUGCUCACAGAAAAAGGCAUCUGGGAGAGAGGGACGUGAAAUGUCAGAUUUGUGAUCAAUGCUUCGAAAGGUAAGGACGGAAGUAAAACAAAAUUAUAUAUUUUGUAGGAACGAGUUGUUAACCAACCACAUGAAAAUCCACGAAAUGAAUAUCCAACUAAACCCGAUCCUACAACCAAAUUAA